AUGCCAACUAAACUGCCUAAAUCACAGACUUCUACAUGCGCAAGACAAUGUACAGAAACGAAAAAAUUUGGAUACGAAACCGGAAAGACAUACGACUAUGAGUACACAUCAAAGGUGUCAACGACAAUACAAGGGGCUUCCGAAGAUAAAGCGGAAAUCGACAUGGCUGCAAAAGUUCACAUCGAGGUUCAAUCAAAAUGCGAUCUAGUGCUUAAGAUGGAUGUAACCGGAAGUUGUGAUGUAAAUUACUCUUUGGCUUCCAAUGGGUGGUACACAAUGACAAUUAAAAAGACAAAAGACACAUUAGGAUGUGUAGAUCGUCAUGGUUACAAAACGGCCAUGCAAGGAACACCAUAUAGGGUACCAUCAGAAAUCCAGUCAAUGCCAUUGGUUAAAAGCACACACGAAUGUCAGCAGGGAAUCAGUAAAACUGGUAUCCUUCAGAGCAGCAGUUGUGAGGAACAACAUGUUCUCCGACCAUUCUCCAGGGAAUCCAGUGGAGCUGUUACAGAAACAAAACAGACUUUGAAAUAUAUUUCGGAGAGUCAAAGCAGAUCUACAAAAGUGUCUACUGAAAAGAGAACAACAUUGGCAUUUGAGCAUGCUUUUGACAACACCAAUUCUGAAAACGCACAGAAGGAGGUUCUGAACAAACUGACAGAAUUUUGCGAAUUAUCUAAAGAUGCCGUGAAAGUAUCCACAGCCAAACAGUUUACUGAGCUUGUCCGACUUAUGAAAACUUUGGAUAGCGAUAGCAUGGAUAGUGUCCACACGAAAGUACAUUCGGGAAAAGUCUGUUCAAAGAAUCCUAAAGUCAAGUAUGUUGAAAAGCUGAAAUUCUUCCUUGACGCCAUUCCAGUGGUCGGAACUAAAGCUUCUUUGAGAAUGAUGGCAAAUUUGAUAAAUACCGAUGAAGUCACCGGAGCUGAAGCUGACAUGUGGAUGACAAGUCUAUCUUUUAUUCAACAUCCAACAAAAGACAUGCUAUUGGAACUGAAGCCUUUAUUGACUAAUACAAAGAACGGACAAGCCAUGCUUGCAGUUUCAUCACUGGUAUACACCUACUGUAAAACAUCUUCCUGUGCUAACGACAUUGAUUUGGUCAACCUUGUUGCCAGCUUAGAAGACAAGAUUGGUGUUGGAUGCUAUGCAGACAAGAACAAUGUUAACAACAUUAUCCGUGCCUUGCGUGCCUUUGGUAAUGCUGGUUUCUCUAGCAGUAUCACAAUGGUAAACAGCUGUUUGACAAGAAAAGAAAACCCGACAGAGGUUCGCCUUGCGGCAGCUCAAGCCUUCCGCCGAAUGACAUGUGAUGUAAACAGAAACGAGUUAAUGACAAUUUACUCAAAUCGUAAUGAGGAUUCCGAAAUAAGAAUUGCUGCUUACCUAGGAUUGAUGACAUGUCCCUCAAAAUCUAUCCUCAACAGAAUCCAGACAACGCUGGAAUCAGAAGAAGUAAAUCAAGUCGGCUCCUUUGUCUGGACUCACCUUACAAAUCUAAUGGAAACAUCAAGUCCACUGAAACAAAGCAUAAAAUCAAUUUUAUCCAAUGACAUGCUUAAGAAAGAAUUCAACUUAGAAAAAAUGAAGUAUUCCAGAAACUAUGAAGCUUCAUUUUUCCUAGAAAAGAUUAACACAGGUGCAGCAAUUGACAGCAAUCUCAUUUGGUCUUCUAAGUCUUUCCUUCCAAGAUCAGCCAUGACUAACCUCACCAUCGAUCUUUUCGGUCACUCUGUCAACCUGUUUGAGCUUGGUGGAAGAGUAGAAGGACUAGAGUAUUUCCUUGAAUCCUACUUUGGACCUGAAGGAUAUUUUGGCAAGUCAAAGGAUGUUGUCAAACAAUCCGUGAAAGGAAUUAGCAACAAAGCAAUGGAUAAACUAAAUGAGGAGUUUGGAUCAACCAUGGAAGAGUUCAAAGGUAGCAUGUAUUUGAGAAUAUUUGGCAAUGAAUUACAGUACAUCAACACCGACGAUAUUAAAAGUCUGAUUGAAGGACAAAACUUCAACAUUCUGGAUUUUAUCAUCAAUCUGGCUAAAGAGCAAGAUUAUUCUUUCACGCAAAGCUUCAUGUUUCUGGAUACCAGUAUUGUUAUUCCAACUAUGUCUGGUUUCCCGCUUAACAUCAGUUUAGACGGAAGUGCCACAAUUGACGUUCAAGCGUCCGGUAAAAUGGACCUUAGACAAAUUAAGUCAAAUCCUAUGACAGUUUCCAUCGAUGGAAAAAUUCGACCAAGUGCUGCUUUGGAGGUGACAAGUCUAAUGACUGUUGAUGCCUUUGUAACUAAAGCUGGAAUGAAAAUGGUAUCUUCAGUGAACUCUGCCUCUGCUGUUGAAGGUCAUCUUGAACUUAAAGGUGGACAACUCUUUAGUGCCGAAUGGAAAACACCAGAUUCUAAGACAGAAGUAUUUGAAGCGAAAACUUCAUUCUUUACCGUUCAUCGUGAUGAGACCCGUGAACAAAAGAUGAUAACACAAAACAGACAAAGAAAGAAACUAUGCACUGGCGAUAAACUUUCACACGUGACUGGACUUGAACUCUGUGGUGAAAUUUCCUAUCCUAAUGCUUCUUUAAAGGCUGAUUCUCCAUAUUUCCCUUUAACUGGACCAUUGACAGCAGAUGUUACACUGUACAAGAGAGACAGUCAUACUAGUUACAAAAUGGAGUAUAAAUUCGGAAAGACAAAAUCUGUAGUGACUGCCAAUAUAGGAUUAAACACACCAGGGUCAAAGGUCGAUAGAGAAAUGAGACUUGGUUUUAAUUUGAAUAUGAAGAAGCAUGAUAUUGAAAUGCUGAUGCUGUCACCAUGGAAAAAGGCCACUUUCAACGGAGAUGUCAAUACACAACAAAGACAAGUAAAUGGUAAAUUACUUAUUGACCAAUCAGAGUACUCAGUCAAUGCAGCUUUAGCUAGUAAGAAGAAAUCUUCUACAAUGGAAACAGACUUGAAGAUAAAAGGAAGUCAUAUCCAUAACAAAAAGGCACUGGAUACCAGCGUUUCAAUGUCCGUUGGAAAGAAACAUACCUUCAGCACAUCAGUCUUUUUGAAAGAUAAAACAAAGAAAUUGACAUCCGUUUCUGGUGGACUUUCCCUCUCAUGGAAUGAGAAAACCCUCUCCAUGUCAAAUGUCUUUAUCCAGCAAAACAAGCAAAAAUUUACCAACGACUUCGCUUCCACUAUUGGUAAACAAAGAACAACGAUAAAAUCCACCAUUAAGAGCAUGUCAAAUAUUGAAUACGAAAUAUCCAAUGAUAUAACACUUCCAGGAAGAAAACCAUUUACCAUUGCCGGUCAGAUAAACGGGAGCCCUCGUGAUUUCAGACUUGGAGCACAGAUAGGAAAAUCAUAUGUAAUGGCAUUUACUUCCCAAUACAAACCGAAGGUUAUGGUCAAGAUGUCUGGGAAUGUGAAGGUUAACAGCAGACGUGUAACAGCUGACAUUGAAGCGAUGAAAAACCAUCCUCAGUAUUCAGGAAAAUUUGAUGUUAAGUGGGAUGCUGAUAAAGAUGAAUCCAAAAGACUUAAACUUGUAGGGGAUUUGACAUACAAAAACUCCAUGGAUAUUAAUGCAAGACUAGAAUUUGUCAACCCAAUCACUAGUGUCUUGUCAAGUUAUAAUCACAUUGUUGAUAAAAAUACCAUGGGCCAUUUUGAUGUCUUAGUGGCAGGGAAAGAAAAAGUAGCAUUAGAUCUAAAUCUAAACAACAAAGAUAAUGGUAAAGCUGGAACCCUUAGAAUGCAGACACCGACAUCUGGCUUAGUACAACUGAAUUUUGAUAUGAUGUCAACUACCAAACAAUACCAGAACACAAUUGAUAUCACUUGGCAGAAAUCAAACAAAAUUGGAGUAUUAGUAAAUUUGGACAAACCAUUCAAUGCAAAUAAAUUUCACGGAAUAGUUACAGUAAAAACACCCUUUGAUGGCUUCAGAAUGUCCUCAGUAGAAGUAGAUCAUGAUUACACCGGAAAGCUAAAAAUAAUAGAAGCUAAAGGAGACUUAAGAUCUUUCUCUCUUUUAAGCAGCAUUGAAGCCAAACCAAUCACGAAGAAGUUCUUGGUAUCCAGUGCCGUAAAUACAUAUGGUGGAUUCGAUGGAUAUAAGAAAGUCAUUGCCAAUGUUAAGCACGAAGGAACAUGGAAGAGCUUCAAGUGUGAUGCCAAUGUUAAAAAAGGAAAAGACGUCAUCAAGGCUAACAUGAAAACAUCAGUAGGGUCUAAAUUUAACUGGGAAGCAAGUGUAGAAACACCAGUUGCCGGUUGGAAGAAACUGAAUGCUGCUGUAUCACACGAAGGAUCAUUUUCUAAUUUUAAAUCCCAUGCAGAGAUAGCUCGUGAUUUUGAUACUUUGUUCAGCCAAAGAGGACAAACAUUCGGAACUGUCUCCAUCAAAGUAUUGAAGAUAUCUAGUGGAAAGCAUAUCAAGACAUCAAUGUCAAUUUCUACACCUUUCGAAGCCCUUAAAACUAUAACUGUCAAUAUGGGACAUAAAUAUUCUACUGGUAACUACAUGCAAUCGGUAUUCUUGGAAUACAACGGGAAACCUCUGCUAGAUAUUGACACAUCUUAUUCAAAUAUUGAGCAUCACACAGUAACCAUAGUAACAAGACACCCUAGACCUAUGAACUUCAGAAUUGGAGGUAACAUGGAAGCCGAGAAGAUGAACAGUGAUAUCAGCUUAAACUGGAAUACAGACAAAACAGACAGCAAUAUGAACAUGGAAGCCUUUUAUAGUCAUAGCAAUAAUAAGUGUAACUUAGCACUUAGAUUUGUACAUCCGUCAAAAACCAUUGGAUUUAGAGGAGAAUUAAAACGUUCAACAAGUCAUAACUUAAUUUCGCUUGAUGUAAACGUAGAUGAUGCCAAUGUAUUUGGAUAUACCUAUGACUGUAAACACGGCAAUGAUGACAGAGAUACUAGUAUGAAAUUCCGUUUCCCAAACAGAUCUUUCAUGUUAACAAACGAAAUUCAAAACCGUCUUGGAUCUAAAAUGGUAACUGGUGCCUUCUAUUGGGAUGCUGAUGGUGACCAGACAAAAAAAGUAUCUGUUAAAGGGGAUAUAACUCCUAGUGAAAAUGGUGUAGAUGCCAAUGUUGUUCUCGAAAUGCCAAGUAUUGGACAGGAUGUAAAGCUUGAUUCCAAGGUGAAAUUCAACAAGGGAUCUGUUCUGUUUGAUGGUAAAACUGAAUUCCAGUAUUCCAAAGAUUCAAGGAAGACACUUAUUCUUUCCUCACGACUGGAAGAUCUUUCAUCCGGUACUGACACUAACUACAGCUUUAACCUAGGAAUCAAACAUCCGUAUACUACUGUUGACGUUGAAGUAACUUCACUCCUAGAAUCAUCAGUUUACAAAAAGAUGGCUUCUGUCGAUGUUAAAUACCAAACAGCAAACAAAAUGGCAAAGAACUUUGGAAUAAUGGGAGAAAUCGAUAGCUUAAAGAAAAGCAUCAAGAUGGAUCUGACCACGCCUAUUAAAUCAAUCAAUAUCCAAGGCAGUGUACAAACUACGGCUCCAUACAAAGUGUCAAUAAAGAACUUGUAUGAAAAUGUCAAACCAGUCAGUGCAGAUAUUGUCUUUGACCCAUCCGAUGUCAGUAUUGAUGUCAACAUGAACUAUGAUAUUGACAAUCCACAAAACAUCCUUCAUGUGAAUGCUAAAAUGUCAGAUGAAAGUGGACUCACUGCCGAAGUUUUCAGAGAUGUGGACAGUAAGAGAGUUUCCGAUACAUUGAUCAACCUGAAACUGAAGACUUCCAAAAUACUCCAUACACGUGUACACUGGAACCCUGAUCUUUUGAAAACCGUCAAGUCUGUUGGAUUGAACAAGAUUCAUAAGUAUGGCAAUGGCAUCAACAAAGCACUGCAAACAUCAUGGGUUGCUGUAGAAGAGGAGGUUCAAGCCAAACACAGAUUGAUCAUAUCUGCUAUUAAAGAAGACAUGAAACCAUACAUCAAUUUUAUGUCAGCUAGAGUUACCGAACUUCAAAAAAUGAGACGCAAUAAUGAUUUCUACUUAAAUGAUAUCGUAGGAAAUUUCCAAACAACACAAAAUGUUAUCAGGCAUCAGAUGAAAUCCCUUCAAAAUGAAAUCAACAGUUUAACAAGAGAUAUGGACUGGACACUUUAUAAUUUGUAUCUUGCUGAAAUUACUGAAUUGAUAAAGGUGAUGGAAGACAUGUCAUUACAGUACUACACUGAAGUUUUAGAUUCCAUACAAUCACAGACAACACAGCUGUCAAACACCAUUGAAGGUGUAUAUACCAAAUAUGGAAAACAUGUAACAGAUUCGGUUGCAUCUAUCUCAAGUAACAAAAUUUUGGAAACAGUUCGUUCAAGAUUACCAACAAUUCCACUGAAACAAAUGGCCGACAGAUACAAUACAGUCAUCUACAAUGCAAGAGAAUCUAUCAAUACUGGGUUAAUAAAAACACUUCCAACCCCAGUAUAUCAUAUGGCUUCAUCGGCAUAUAAGUACUGGGAAAUUGAAGAAAACAUCAGAUCUGUUUUUAUCAAAUUCGUCAAUUUUAUUAAAAAAGACAUUGGAGACGAAUUCAGUAAUAUCAAAGACUUAAUUACUGAUGUUAAGAAAACAAAAGUCACAGUAUAUGACCCAAAGAAAGGUCACUUUGAAAUGGACAUUUAUCUUCCUCUGGAAAUGAAAUCUUUAACAGAAGUAAAACGGAUAACCAAUCAAAUUGAGAAUCUCAGAUCUUACAUUCCACAAUCUAACCCACUUUCAUCCUGGAACAAUAUAUGGUCUCAUGCAGUUAUUCCAUCGUUUGGUGCCCAUGCUCACAUCAAGGGAGAUCAUUUCAUUACCUUUGAUGGACAAGAAUUUGAUUUCAAUGGAAGAUGCAGUUAUGUCCUGGCACGUGACUUUGGCAAAGACAAGUUCAGCAUCAUUCUUAAUUACAUGGGAAGACAGAGCAAAAAAUUGGUUGUCAUGACCUCCACACAAAAUGUUCAAGUGGCUUCAAAUGGAAAGGUCCGUGUUGAUGGAGUAGAGAGUAAACUUCCAUAUGCUUCAGACGAGAUAAAAAUUUCACAAGUAGGAGACAACAUUUACGUCGAUGGAACUGGUUUUGGUGUGGUCAACAACAUAAAAUCAUCGUCAUAUGACAUUGAACUGAGCCAUUGGUUCCAUGGUAGAACAGGUGGCAUGCUUGGUGUCCAUGACAACGAGAGAUUUGACGACAUGAUGAUGUCUAACAAACAGAUCACAUCUGAUGCAUACGCACUUGCCAACUCUUGGCAAGUCCAAAAUAAAUGCCGUUAAAUAUAGAACUUUU